CUACUUGUGUACAUUUUGGUGGAUCAUGAACAUGCUCGGAUCUGCAGCACUAAAGUAACUGUUUAGUGUUUUCCUACAGAAAUCAGUUAAUUUCGCAUUUCCCCUCGGUACAACAACAGAGAACACAUGUCAAUGCUGACAGACCAUUCAAUGUAACGCAACAGCAGCUGUGGCAGAAACAUGUCCUCAGCGUCUCUGGGCAGGAGACUGGUGGCGUGUCUCCUCAACGUGUCCGAGGCUCGCAGGAAAGACCUGGUGGAGACUGUGGCCAAGGCAGCUUUAUACAACACUGAGGGUGUUAGACGGGAGGGGACCACCGUGCUGAACAUCUUCAACGACCAUGACUACAACCGCUCCGUCAUCACCAUCGUGGCCAGUAUCGACUCCAUCAGGGAGGCCGUUCUGUCUGCUUGUGAGAAGGCCUGCGGGCUGAUCGACAUGCAGGCUCACAAAGGGGUCCACCCAUGUAUGGGUGCUGUCGACCUCAUACCCAUCUACCCCCUGGGGGAGGAGGUGGGAGUGCAGGACUGUGCUGCAGAGGCUCAGGCUGUGGCUCUGGGACUCACAGAGCGGGUCCGGGGCACCAGCGCCUUCCUGUUCGGCUGGGCAGACUCCCCCCUGCAGCGGGGGCUGGCUCAGAGGAGGAAGGAGAUGGGCUGGUUCAAGAAGACGCCAGACUUACAGGCUAUCAGGUCCGACGUGGGGCCGCAGCCUCAGAGACGCUUCGGUCUCACAGGUGUCGGGGCCAGUCCGUACGUCAUGAACUGCAACGUCACUAUCGACACCCAGGACAUGUCGCUGGGACGCAGCAUCGCCGCCGCCAUCAGGGAGUCGGCCCCGGGGGGCCUGGCCGGGGUGCAGGUGCUGGCUCUGCCACAUGAGGGCGCUGUGGAAAUCGCCUGUAAUGUGGAGAGCGUGAAGGGGAGCGCGUCUAGUCACCAGACCGCCGGUGAACCGUGGCCGUGCUUCAGCAUCGGCAGCCAGCCGUACUGUCACGCCCCGGCCUCGCUCAUCACGGCCCGGGUUGCUGAGCUGGCGGGGCGGCAGGGGGUCGCGGUGAAGGGCACCGCGCUGGUGGGGUUUACCCCCCGGGAGUGCAGGGGCCUGGCUGAGCUAGCUCUGUCUCAGGGGAUCUCUGAGUUCUGGAAAGAGCAGCGCAGGAUCCACAUGUGAAAAUACCUUUACAACCUCUUUGUUUGAUGUCACUUUAAUUUUCAUGAUAAUUUUUGUUAAGCUAUGUCAAACGCUGUCAAACUUCCCACUGUGAACAGUUCUACCACUCAAAGUUCUUGGUCAUUUUUUAAUCAGUACAUCUUCAAGUACACAUACAGUCAUUAA